CGUCGGCUUAAGUGACGGAGGGACAUGGGACAAAUAACACUGGCCAUCGGCGGCCAAAACCAGACGAACUUUAUCUUUUCUGCCUGUACUUGAAUCUCCCAAGUCAAUCAGCAACAUGUCAGCCUCGACGAUCUCACGAGCGUUGAGACACGCAACGAGACCAAACGGCGCAACAAGCCCGUUCCGGCAAUUCGGCAUUGGCCCUACACCGAGAGCAUCGACACCAGCGCUCGCCUUCUUGCGCCAACAAGAACGCCAUGCCUCGUCCAAGCACCCCAAAGGCUUCGAGCCGCCAUCUCCUGGCGAUCUCGCGCAGCUGCGCGAGACUGUGCGAGAGUUUACUCGCCGCGAGCUGACCGAGGAGGUCGCCGCGGCAACCGACAAAAACAACAACUUCCCCCCGGACAUGUGGCACAAGCUGGGCGAGGCGGGCUUCCUGGGCAUCACGGCCGACGAGGACGUGGGCGGGAUGGCCAUGGGCUACCAGGCGCACUGCGUCGUCAUGGAGGAGCUGUCGCGCGCGAGCGGGUCCAUCGCCCUGAGCUACGCCGCCCACUCGCAGCUGUGCGUCAACCAGCUGCAGCUCAACGGCUCGCCCGAGCAGAAACACAAGUACCUACCGGACCUCAUCGCCGGCAACAAGGUCGGCGCGCUGGCUAUGUCCGAGUCCGGGUCGGGCAGCGACGUCGUCAGCAUGCGCACGCGCGCAAAAAAGGUUGACGGCGGCUACGUGCUCAACGGCUCCAAGAUGUGGAUCACUAACGGGCCGGACGCCGACCUGGUCGUCGUAUACGCCAAGACGGUCCCCGACGGCGGGUCCAAGGGCAUCACAGCGUUCCUGGUCGAGACCAAGUCCCCCGGUUUCGCGUGCCUGCGCAAGCUCGACAAGAUGGGCAUGCGCGGCAGCAACACGGGCGAGCUGGUGUUUGAGGACGUGUUCGUACCCGACGAGAACGUGCUCGGCGCCGUCAACGGCGGCGUGCGCGUGCUGAUGGAAGGGCUCGACCUCGAGCGGCUGGUGCUCUCGGCGGGACCGCUCGGCCUGAUGCAGGCCGCGCUCGACGUCGCGCUGCCCUACGCCCACACGCGCAAACAGUUCGGCACGCCCAUCGCUCAGUUCCAGUUCAUGCAGGGCAAGUUGGCCGACAUGUACACCAAGCUGCAGGCCUCGCGGGCGUAUACCUACGCGACGGCCCGGGCGGUGGACGAGGAGGGACUCAUCAGGACGCAGGACUGCGCCGGGGCGAUUCUCUACGCCGCCGAGCGGGCGACGGAGUGCGCACUGGAUGCCAUCCAGAUCCUGGGCGGGAUGGGCUAUGUCGAGGAGAUGCCGGCUUCGCGUAUCAUGCGGGAUGCCAAGCUGUAUGAGAUUGGCGCCGGGACGUCCGAGGUCCGGCGCAUGGUCAUUGGGCGGGCUUUCAACAAGGAGUAUGCUCAUCUGUCUAGCUAGCCCCGUCAAGAUAAAACCUGCAUUCGAUCGAUCACCCUUCACACGUGAACUCUUUCGCUCCGGGGAUGGCGUUGUCCCACUUUUUGGCGGCUCGAGAUGCAAGAUGCAUGAGAAAGAAGCAGGCGAUCCUUCCGAUCUGACCGGCGGCCGGAUUAUCUAGCCAGGAAAGAGGAUAAACGUGUCUGGUGCUGUGGAGUUCGCAGUUGAUGUUCCCGUGCUUGCAGCGUGGGAGAGCAAUGGCCACUGGCCGAGACCCCUUCUGUGAAAGGUCACGUCGAUGUUGUGCCGCUGUAUAGCCAAUAUCCUGCCACCGUCGUACUCUCGCAGUUAACUUGUUGAUAGUUUGCGCGCCCCAUUUCUUUCUGGCACUGCAGCUACCAGUGUGGGAAAUUGUCGAGAC